AUGAUAUCGAAUCGUCUAACUCCGUCAAUUGACGCAUUACCCGUGGAGAUUCUUCACAUUAUCUUUGAUAAUCUCGAUGCUCAGACAAUUUCCCUCUCGAUUCGAUUACUAUCACGAUUUUUUCGGUCGGUUGUCCAUUCUUAUAAUCGCUACGCGUUGAAUUUGAGCUUCACUUCCAAAUCUGAUUAUCAACAGCUAUGUCGAUGCGUUCCUCCUGAAAAUAUUUAUUCACUAACACUUUCCAACGAUCAUCAUCGCUUAAAUCAAAUCAAUGUGCUUAUAUCAUUUCUUAAUCUUUCACAAGCAUCUCGACUUCACUCAUUGAAACUUCUUGAUAUCUCUGAACAACAACUUAAUUCGAUUUUAGAAUCCAUCGAUCUCAAAAUACUAGUUUACCUUUCCUGCCGUUUGCGAAAAUCUAGUAAAAACUGUGCAGAGAAUUUAAAGCAUCUUUAA